AUGCGUUUCCUCAUUGCUAUCGUUGGGAUGCUUGUUCUCUUGGCCCUGUCGGCCGAAAGAGGUGAUGCAUUCAAAAAAUCGCACUUGACGCGAAAGCAGAGCGAGUCAGAGGAAGAAGGGCAUGUGAUAGACAACCAAGAUGGUGAACAUGAGGGAAAGGAGGACGAGGAUGACGACAACCAUGACGAUGACGACGACGAUAAUGACGAUGAGAACGACGACGACGACGAUGAUGAGCAUGAUGAUGAUGAUAAUGAGCAUGAUGAUGACGACGAUGAUGAGCAUGAUGACGACGAGGACGAGGACGACGAUGAUGUUGAUAAUGAUGGCCACGAGGCGGAGGAGGAGGAGGAGGAGAAGGACGUCGAGGACGACGACGACGAGGAUGAUGACAAUGACCACGACGAUGAUGAUGAUGACCACGACGAUGAUGAUGAUGUUGAUGAUGAUGAUGAUAACGAGGAGGAGUGGGAGGAGGAUGAGGAUGAUGAUGAGGAUACUGAUGAAGAGUGA